AUUUAUUUAUUGCCACGCCCCCGAUAAACACGCCCCUUACAUCUGGGGUUGGCUGCUAACACGGUUCUCCUUGCUGUCAGUGCUGCAGGGGGUCCUGAGCAGAGCUGAUCAGCUGGAGCCGGGAUUCUUCCUUAUCCCACAGCAGUCAGCACUCCGGGGACAACCAAGGGCCACACAAACUUCAUCUUGGACCUCCUGUAGCCUGAGCUCCCAACCUGCAAGAUGCCUUUAGCUCGCAGCCUGUCCGUCACCUCCCUCACCGGCCUGGAGGACUGGGAUGAUGACCUAGAUCUGGAAAACUCCAUCCUGUUUGAGGUAGCCUGGGAAGUGGCCAACAAAGUGGGGGGUAUUUAUACAGUUAUCCAGACAAAGGCAAAGAUCACCACAGACGAAUGGGGUGAAAACUACUUUCUGAUCGGUCCCUACUUUGAAAAUAACGUGCGCACUCAAGUGGAGCUGAUUGAGCCACCCAAUCCUGCCAUAAAACGUGCCCUGGACUCCAUGAACUCAAAGGGAUGCAAGGUCUACUUUGGGCGCUGGCUGAUAGAAGGAAGUCCAUACGUUAUCCUGAUUGACAUUGCAGCCACAGCUUGGAACCUUGACCAAUGGAAGACAGAACUCUGGGACAGCUGCGCCAUUGGAAUUCCAUGGUACGACAGGGAAGCUAACGAUGCCGUCCUGUUUGGGUUUCUCACAGCCUGGUUUCUUGGAGAGUUCGCAGCCCAAAGUGAGGAGAAGCCCUAUAUCAUUGCUCAGUUCCACGAGUGGCUUUCUGGCAUAGGCCUGUGUUUAUGCCGGGUACGGAAGCUCCCCGUGGCUACCAUAUUCACUACACACGCCACCCUCUUGGGGAGAUACCUGUGUGCUGGAAGUGUAGACUUUUACAACAAGUUGCAGUCGUUCAAUGUAGAUAAAGAAGCUGGAGACCGGCAGAUCUAUCACCGAUACUGUAUGGAGCGAGCUGCUGUGCAAUGCAGUCACGUCUUUACUACUGUAUCUCAGAUCACUGCCAUAGAAGCUGAACAUCUGUUGAAACGAAAGCCUGAUAUAGUGACACCAAACGGUUUGAAUGUAAAGAAGUUCUCGGCCAUGCACGAGUUUCAGAACCUACAUGCGCAGAGCAAGGGCCGCAUACAGGAGUUUAUCAGGGGGCAUUUUUACGGACACCUGGAUUUCAAUUUGGACAAGAGUCUGUUUUUCUUCAUUGCUGGCCGCUACGAAUUCUCGAACAAAGGAGCAGAUGUAUUUUUGGAGGCUUUGGCGAGGCUCAACUACCUUCUGAGGGUUAAUCACAGUGACACAACCAUUGUUGCCUUUUUCAUCAUGCCGGCUCGAACCAACAACUUCAAUGUGGAAACACUAAAGGGUCAAGCAGUACGAAAACAGCUGUGGGAUACAGCCAACACAAUUAAGGAGAAGUUUGGAAAGAAACUGUACGAGUCAUUACUAGUAGGGAAUUUGCCAGAUAUGAAUAAGAUGCUGGAUAAGGAGGACUUUACAAUGCUGAAGAGAGCCAUAUUUGCCACGCAGAGACACUCCUUCCCUCCUAUAUGUACCCAUAACAUGCUUGAUGACUCUACAGACGCCAUCCUGAACACUAUCCGGAGGAUCGGCCUGUUUAACAGCAGCUCUGACCGUGUGAAGGUUAUUUUCCAUCCAGAAUUCCUUUCCUCAACUAGCCCACUUUUACCCAUGGAUUAUGAGGAAUUUGUACGUGGUUGUCACUUGGGAGUCUUCCCCUCUUACUAUGAACCUUGGGGGUACACACCAGCUGAAUGUACUGUCAUGGGAAUUCCCAGUGUUUCCACCAACCUCUCUGGAUUUGGAUGUUUUAUGGAGGAGCACAUUGCAGACCCCACUGCUUAUGGUAUUUAUAUCUUAGACCGACGAUUCCGCUCGGUGGACGACUCCUGCACCCAACUCACAUCCUUCCUCUACAGCUUCUCUCAACAAACCCGGCGGCAGCGCAUUAUUCAGAGGAACCGCACAGAACGUCUCUCUGACUUGUUGGAUUGGAAGUACCUGGGGAGGUAUUAUAUGUACGCUCGACACAUGGCUCUCGCAAAGGCCUUCCCUGACAACUUCACGUAUGAGCCUCAUGAACCAACAGCUGCUCAGGGAUUCCGUUACCCACGCCCAGCAUCUGUACCUCCGUCUCCUUCCCUGUCCCGACACUCCAGCCCGCACCACAGUGAAACGGAAGACGACGAACGAUAUGACGAAGAGGAAGAAGCUGAGAAAGACCGUCAGAACAUCAAGCAGCCGCCCGUGACCUCCGUGGGCUCGAUCCCCGAGUGGCACCGACGCUCCAAGAAAGGUUCCAUUGAUGCCACCAAUUCCAGUAACAACAGCACACCCACGAAUCCAAGCAGCCCAAGCGACCUCAGCAGCCCCACCAGCUCACUCAUUGAGGAGCGGAACUAAAUGCUUUUUCUUCAGCGUUUCUUACACAUCACGCCAUAGCUCGUUGGUCAUCUCCAAUGACAAAUCAUGAACAUUAGCAAUGCAAGAGAAACUGUCAUUUCUCUGCUCUCCUAUGCUGUAAACUUGCUCCCAAUGUCACCAUAUGAUACCUGCAUUAUACUCCAGCUGCUUGUCGCCUCCAGUUAGAAAAACAAAAAAAAAGCCAUUAAUUAGGUUUUUCUGAACUGAAUUGAUGCAUUAUCUAAACUAGUCCACUGACUCCAUGUUCCAGGUUCACCAUAGGAACCUUCCCACCUCAGCAUCUCCUGUGAUUUUCUCUGCUUUCAGUGCAAUAUCCCUGGGGGUUGAAACUAAUAGGAUGACAUAGGUCAGGUUUGCCAGUUUUUCUCUCUCUUCUGUAACUCCUUGACCUGUUCCUCCAAAAAAAAAAAAGGUCUUCCACCAAGCUCAAGCAUUUAAACGUAGCUGCUACUUGAUAACUGUAAGUCUGGUUGUUGCUGUUUGUCUCAGGGUAAUGUCUGGCUCCUUAGUUGAGGAUGAUUGUUGUAAAACUGAAAAAUCAAUAUACUGUGGCUUUACCCAUCAACCAAUCAGGGUUGCCUAAAAGAAGGGCAAAAGAUCUGUGUUCCUCAAACUCCGAAUCCCUUUGAAGUGUUGAUCUUGAAGGUGCAUGUCUGUCAUUCGCUUUGUGUUCUCUUUGUCCCAUGUUUACAGCCAUGUAUUGAUCCCUUGCUGAUCCUGUGACUGUACCACUCAGUGCAGGGGCUGUACAAACAAAAUGUUUAAAGAGCGUGUUGUCUCCAGAAAAAAUAGUAUUUAAAAAAUAAAAUUUUAAAAUCUGA